GUGCUUGGCGUACGGAAUUUGUUGAAUGGCUGUACUGUUGAUUUACUGGGUUUGGUUAUCGGCUUGGGAUGUUGGUUAAGGGACUGUACGGUCUUGUACAGAGCCCUGUGGCUGCUUGACAGCUACCACGAAGUCACGGCUGGAAAGAGACCAUCAGCAACGCUGGUGGAUCACGGCGUAUGAUAGGUGCUAGUCAAGGAUGCUAUUUAGUUGAAGAUGGUACAAAAGCACAUAGAUGGAAAUCCAAACAUAAACUACAAGUUACUGCCCAUGUCUCUGACUUCUCACUGUCGUCAGAAUCGUCGCGUGGAGCCUACGAUACUCUGCUCUAUCUCUCUUCCCAUCUCACUUGUCCUGCAAGAGCGUCACCUUCCAGCCCUUGUGGCAGCCAACCUUCACAACCACAUGACCCCGUCCUUACCCCGCAAUGCCACUUACCUGUCGUACACACAUCGAUGCUUGAAGGCAACCCGUUGUGGGUAGCACAAGGCUGCUUACCUGCAGCAUCUCGUUGCUGGAGGAUCCUUGUAGCAAGGAGCUCUAUAGCAGCUUCGGUAAACAGGGCUGGAAAGAGCAUUCACGCCACCAUUCACCCUUCUUCGCAGACAUCAAAUUGCGGUCUCGGCAUGCCGAACCCCAUGCAGAGAAGCAUGUGCUCGGGACGCGUAGGUGAAAACGUAUACGAUGCUUUGGACAUAGGGAGUAGAUAAACUUUCUUCCUUUUUUGGUUUUAGCGUUUAAUGCUAGUGCACGUUGAGGUGUCUUUGCACGCCAGGGACUCUAAUCGAAUGCAUAGGUAAGUAGCGAAAGGGUCCCGUAAAGAUGAGGCGAGGCGAGGCGAGAAAGGGAUGGAGGGUCGGUUACAGUAGAGUCAGCCGAGAAUUU